CUCAUGUUUGUGGCGCCGGCGCUCAAGGCGCCUUGUCGCGAAGAAAUUGAAGUUGUGCUGGCAGACACGGCGUGCGCCCACGGUGCGCUUCUACAAACGCACUGGCAGUGCAAGUGUUUGGAACACUGCGAAGACAUCAUGCACACGUUCUCUGGCGCCAGGCCAAUUGGAUGCCUGGUUGAGUUGGCGGCCGCCACUUGCAACAGUACAUGUCCAAGUAUGCGCCACAUGCACAGCACCAGCCAGAACCUGGCCAUAGCGACUGGACCGAAAGAAACGGCACAGACUGCGCGAGAUCAUCGGCGCGAGCUCGGUCGACUCAUUCGACGGCUCGUUGAGCUCGGCGUCAACCUCGACCAACCAGAUGACUUGGGGCUGACGGCGCUUGAUCGGGCUGCGUCGCUGCGGGCAGGGUGGCUGGUGCACGUGCUGCUGACAAGUGGCGCACGCCUAUUUGCAAGCCGUGUCGUGUGUGCCUCGUACGUUCGCCAUCUGCUGGAUCGCCUCAACCGUGCGCAACGUGAAGAAGGUCGAACUCCGCAGUCGCUCCUCGCCUUGCUGCGGCGGCUACAUGGCGGUGCCAUGUGCGGGUUGGUGCGCAUGCAGCUGGUGGUGGGGCUGCUGGGCACACCUUCCAACCACAACAAGGACGUUGGUUCAAGCAGCAGCGCUGACCCGGCACUUACGCUCACAUUGGAGACGGAUCUUGAGGUCGCAUUGUACGAGCACCAGCUGCGCCCUUGCUCCACUGCCACGGAGCGCGGGUUGUGCGUACAGCCGAUGCCACUUGACGACCACCAGUGCCCGUGGCAGCUCAUGGUGCUGAACGGCAACCACUGCGACUACAUGCGCCUGGCAAAGGCGUUGCUGGUGCGCGAGGUGUGCGCGGUGCUCUUUGGCGAGUCAGCGAGCUGCCUUCCCCUGGAAGUGGCCUUGCUCCGCCAGUCAGGCUGGUGCCAGCUUGUUGGUGUGGCGGUGGUGGGCACAUUUGAUACCAGCAGUGUCGAUAACGAAGACAACAGCAGCGCUCUGGGAUGGACUUCGGCGUCAUCGAUGCUGGGAGAGAACGGUCGUCGUUCGAGCGAUGCAAUGAGCGACACAAGCACCAGUUCCAGCGUAACUGAAGAGGCGACACGCCUGCUGCUGUGCGCAUGUCUUCUUGGGUUUGAGGACAGCGUCGCCCUGCGGAUGUGCGCUGACGCCAGUGGAGAAUACACUGGUGUCGUCUGCGUGCCUGCUGAACAGGAACAGACCGAGAUGCCAGUGGCAGACCACAUCUCUGCGGUGAGCGACGACGUGACGGGCGCGCUGGUGGACGUGAGUGGCAGUGACGCUGCAUGGAACGAGUUUGUGCGACGACUGCGCCGCCGCAUUGUAAGACGCUUUCAGAUUCUCCACUGUAUGCUGGAGCAUCACGGCGCGCAACACACCUUCCUGUGCUUGGACACGGCUCGACUGUGGGUGCGCGUGUGCGCGAUGUGCACGGCCCUCAUGUCCCAACAACUGGCCACAUCCAACGUCACUCAUGCUGCUUCUCGUGUGCGCGGUCUUGAGUCGUGUGUUUCGCUUGGAGACCCGCUGCACUGCAGUUCCCUGGUCAUGGUGGGGCCAGGCUGUGGGGUGAGCGGCGAGGACAGCGCGGAGCAUGGGGCGGUGGGGUGUGCUUCCGAUGCUGCCUCUCUCACGACAGUGGACAAUGGUGAUGUGUGUUCUGUCGACGAGGGACGGGGGAGUGCCGGGAUGCCUGCGCCAGUGACAGGCGUUGGUGGCCUGGUGAACGUGACACAGCUGAUUGACUUUCGAGAGUGCUCGGAGGAGUCACAGCAGCGAGCACUAGCGACGUUGGCGCAGGCUGACCACACCACUGCAGCCACGGACUCACUCCGACUCGCCGGCGCCAACUUGCUUUCGGAUGCGCUGCUCACGCGUGUGCUGACACGCCACGCCUGCGCCCUCACAACGCUCGUACUGGACCAGUGCACGCAGGUUCGGCUGAGCACGGACGUCCAGGCUGCCCUUGAGCAGAUGCCGACCCUGCGUGAUGUGCGGCUGGUGGGGCUUUCUGUGCGGUGGCUCCAGCGACGGCGCUCGUGGUGGCCGUCAGCGUACGGCGGCAACGCCCCUCUUCAGCUGCCGCAUCUGCGACGACUGGAGCUGAUGAACUGUGCGCAGUUGCGAGGCGUGUACGUGGCAAGCAGCGCAGUGUGCGAGGGGCGUGUUGUCGGUGGCGACACGAUUGCGUCCUCGUGCUGGGAUGAAGGCGGCAGUGAUGGCGUGUGGUCCCUGAAGCCAGUGGGCCUUCAAGGUGACAGAGAUGGAAAGGAAGGUCGGGAAAAACAGGAGGACGUGUGUGCAGAGCUGGGUGAUUUAUCAUUAUGUAUUCGUGGAUGUGCGAGCCUACGGACUGUGCGGGUGUGUGCGCUCUAG